CCUAAUUUAGUUAAUUUAAAUGAAGAUCCCCAGUUAGCUGAGUUAUUGUUAUAUGUUAUUAAAGAAGGACAGACUAAAGUUGGUAGAAUGAGUCCAACCUCUCACCAUGAUAUACAGUUAAAUGGUGCUCUUAUAGCAGAUAAUCAUUGUAUCUGUUUAUAUUUCAGUAUUAUAAAUAAUGUUGAUAGUGUAGUCAGUAUAACACCAAUAGGUGAUGCUCCAACCUAUCUAAAUGGUGAAAUGAUAACAGAACCCUCUAUACUUCAUCAUGCUGAUCGUUUAGUGCUAGGAGGGGAUCACUAUUUCAGGUAG